AUGGUUACCACACGCAGCAGAACUCGCACACGUACCAGAACUGGAACAACAUUGACAAAUGGUUCACUUGAUGCUUCACAUAGAUCUGGACAAAGGUUUGCUAGAAUUUUGAAAGCAUAGAUCAUAUUUGUGAAUUUAGGACCGAUACAAGUGAGCGGAAUAGAUAUCCAAGUAGAAAUGUGAAACCAAGUGUGCGUUUAACGCAAAACGAAAACGGGCCUGCUGCACGUGGAACAAAACGAAGAAGAAUCGAGAGUCCAAUGUGAGUUUUUUCUUUGAGGUAUUGUAAAAACCAAAGAUAAAAAUUAUAAUUCAUUGAUUUAUCAUUCAUGAAGUGCACAAUAUUUUGAAGAAUUUUCUUGUUAAAAUAAAGAACCUGCUAAAGUUUUGACAUAAAAUUAAUGAUAGUUAAAACUAGAGUUUUCAGAAUUUAAUUUUGAAAAAUAAAAAAAACAUUUGUCGAAUCAUAAAAUUAAAAGUUUGACCCGUGAAAACAAGUUAUUAUGAUCUAAAAUUCAAAUAUUGUCUGAAUCAGGUGGUUUCUGAACGUAUCAGAAACCUUUAGAUUUUCAUAGAAUUACUGUCCUCAAAAUAACGAGGGUAAUUACAAUCAAUAUUAACAUUUUGAGGCAUUACUUGCUAGAAAAUUAGGAAAUUCAAAGUAUACAAUGAGUUAGAGAUAUACUGAAUAUUGAUCUAGACCAAAAUAACAAAAUUUUACAAUAUAUACAGCGGAUUAAUAUGCUGCUCAUAUUUCAAACGUUGAAACAUUGUUGAUUUUUUAUCACUAGGAACUCCAAUAUUCAGAAUAGUUUCAUAGAAUAAUCCAUAUAUUGAACAAAAUGAAUAUUUUUGAACGAAAUGAUAUGUUUGACGUAAAUUGACCAUUUUUAUAAUUCAAUUAGGAAACAGAGACAUUUUUCAUAAUUCCUAGAAACAAAAAUUCAAUCUUUCAACUUGUCUUGAAUUUGACAAAUCUAUUACACUGAUUUUGUGGUCAAAAAAUGAGACAUUCAUUCAUGAUCUUUUCGGAUUUAUUAUAUUCAAGUGUGAUGGAAGAUAUAGACAGGUUAGUACAUAGUUGUUCUGAAAUUAAACAGAGUAGUAAGGUUUCAGUAAAUAUUUUUUUGUGAGUUGUGUAGUUUAAGAGCUCCUGACUGUGAAAAUUCAAAUUUCUCCAACUUGUGAGGGCUUAAAAUGACAUAGGGAAUCGUUUUUCAGAUCUUACUGGUGGUUUUGCUUUUCACAAGUUAGACCUGUCCUUUGAUUCCAUGAUCUGAAUUUUUUCAAAAAUUAAUUUUUUGAGAAUUCUUGGUCUCUCCUUUCUAAUAUUAAUUUUCAUCAAAAACUAAAUCUAUCAUCUCCUGUGCAAAAUAAAAUGUUACAGUAUAACACAAAAAAAUUAUUACACAGUGUUCAAUUCAUUUUUGAACUUUUCAAAAACUUUUUUCUGAACACAUGUAAAAUGAAGUGAUAUGAAUUUCAUGAAAUCCAAUAAACGUGUAUAUUUUUUCCAGCCGCAAAAACAAGGGAAUCAAAAAGCCAUACGCACCAUCUGGUCCAAAAACAAAUCGACGAAGUCGUAGCAGAACACCAUGCCCGGUUAGUUUAUAUUUAUAUAUUUCGUAAUUUAUCCUCAUGACAAAAAAAUAUACAAAAAAUGAAAACAUUAGAUUUUCUUCCGGUGUCCCCUCAAUUCAUUUUUUUUAUUUCUUUUCUGUGAUCUGUGAUUCAUUCAUUUUUUCUUGUCCCCUUUAAUCAUAUUUAUUAUAAGACAAACUGAUAUGUCGAUAAAAGAGAAGCGACUAAAAAUACAGAAAAAAUGAGCGGGAAGAUGAUAGUUUAAAAUUGCUGUGCUACAUCAUCUUCUUCUUCUUUUUUCAUUCCCUCAAUAGUUGUUCUCAAUUCUUCGGAUGAGUCGAAUAGAGAAAUGAGUUGUAAAGUGAAGAAGAAGACUUGUGGGCGGCUCUUGGCUGCUCGGGACUAGUAUGUCUUUCCCUCCCGUCGUCUUGUCUCAUCAAUACUUGCUCAUUGACACUCUCUCUCUUCCCCCCCCACCGCCAAUAUUUCUGUGCCCGCAAGCAAUACCUAUAAUUUCUUAGCUGCUUUGUUGUGUUUUUGACGGGCAAAAAAAGAACAUCUUCUUGACUUUUUUUCACCCACCUGCUGUCAUCUGUACUACUACUACACGCAGUUUUUUUGCUCUAAUUAUUAUUACAACCGUUUAGUAUUCACUUUUUUUCUCCAUUCUAUCAUUUUUCAAUUAUUCCCGACAUUCCAAAUUCGGAGACGUGUUCUCCACACGUUGCCGUCACAUCGACGGUAACAACAUCAGCUUCUUCAGUUUCACCAAAUCGACCAUUUCUUUCGGUAUCACCAUAUUCAUUAACCGCUAGAUCAACACCCAACAAUAAUACCUCACGUGAACCAUCAACAUCCAAUAAUUUAUUAUCACCACAAUCCUCAAGGCGACACUAUAUUUCACAUCGUCUUCCACAAAGAGCUGUUCUUUCAAACGCUCCACAAAUACAAUCAGCUGCAGUUUUUCUGACUCCUGAAAUGCCAGUCCAGAAAUUCUCACUUCCCCAGCCAAACGCAUUGGCCCUUCGGAAGCUACCACUUGUAGUGAUUCCGAGAAAACGGAAAUAUAAGAAUUAUGUUUCUCGACGAAGAAACACUCAAUUAUUGGCGAGUUUGAGGAAAUGUGUGUCCGAUCCACAUCUUUAUAAAUCCUAUAAUCAUUGGAAAGGGUUAUCUCGACCAUUGACACCACCAACUGGGGCUCCGAAAACUUUGAAGCCUGAAGAGAUAAAAAAACCAGAUGAAAAUGUUGCACCACCGCCAACCAAACAAAUAUCUGGAAAAUUGACCGAGCUCAAGAGGAAUCAAUCAACCGAAAAAGCAAUCUUCCGAGUUCCAUCGAUCACUUCAACCACUAAAAUUGCAGCUGGAAAAGUUGCACCAGCCCCAGCUCUUGUUAAAGAUCAAAAGCCGCCGCUGAACAAGCAAAAUUCGACAACGAAACCAGCUGAAGUCAAAAAAGUCGAUCCAAUUCCGAAGAAACCAGCAGAACCAGUGAAGAAAUCGGAAGGAAUUGAAUUUCUACCCAGUAAUGAUACUAAUCAGCAAUCAACUUCAUCAGCUGCUGGUGCUGCUCCAGCUGUUGCUCCAGGACCAAAAGCUUUACGAAAAGCAUACGGCUCUAAAAGUGGAACUACAAUUUGUGCAAUCGGAUCGCCUAUCGGUGGACCAUCUACAAGUAAUGCACAACAACCAGUUGAAGAUGAAAAACGACUGAUUGAAAAGAAAUUAUCACUUCGGAAAAAGAAAACUGAAACUGGAAUACUUGCUGUUUCAAAAUCUGGAAUUGAUAUCGGCAAAGAGCAAACGGAUGAGCAAAAAGCCAAGAAAACAGUGAACGCCGUUUCAGCCGCAUUUUCAACUCCACAAACACCUGUAGAUGAUAGCUCUAACUCAUCUUCAAAUAAACCUGUUGUUAAUAUGAAAACACCAACAUCUGCUGCGACAACAAUACCCAAACCGAAAUCAGCAGCUGCUCAAAGUCUACUUGCGCAACUACAACUUCCCGCAUCGGUGUCUGCAAAAGUUGAUAAAAUUAUUGCGUGUGGUGACAAGGCUCGAAAAAUCAAACCGAUUGCGCAGGUUUGUACUUGCUCUUUUUCUUUCCUGGGGGAACACCGGAAGUUUUUGAUCAACAUAAAAAGAACAAUAAAAAGUUUCAUGUUUCAAUUUUUAUUUUUUUUUCAGAAGACAAAUCAACGAGUAAAAGCUCGCGAAACAUCUGGUGGCACAAAUCAUGCUCCUGCUAUUCAAGAUGAUUCUGAUGGACAUUUGAUCUACUCCAAAGGAGAUUUGGUCAAACAAUGUGAGUUUUUCCUGAAAUCUAGAGUUUCAGAAAAUAAAUAAUCGGUUUUUUUAUUUCAGUUUGUAUCCAAGAUACACUCGGAGAAGGUACAUUUGGUAAAGUGGCUCGUGUGAAAAACACGAAAAAUAACAAGGUUAUGGCAUUGAAAAUCAUCAAAAAUGUCAACAAAUAUCGUGAUGCUGCCAAAUUGGAAAUCAAGGUUUUGAACAAGCUCAAAGAGCAAGAUCCGAAUGACCAAAAGUGAGUUGGGUUUCAAAAAAAAAACACCUAUUCAUUUUUCUUCCCCAAAAUUUUUGUGUGGGUAACAACUGUUCAUGCUGUUCCGACGAAGAAAAAAAAUUUCAUUCAUCUCGGAAACUUCUUCUAUCCUUUUUUCUCUGUUGUGUUUCUCAACAAAAAACAUGUUAGACGAAAACGAAAUAUCAUAUCGAUUUUGAGUUUCUCUGGCUCGCUAUAGUGUAAAGCAUAUCUCUCUGUUCCUCGUUUUUGAUAUUUUGAAUUGAAAGAUCGAUGAGUCGAAUUCAAAAGAUGAAAAGAAAGAAAAUGUAUAUAGUGAAUUAUGCAGUAGUGAUAAAAGAACAAACAAUAAAUCAAAAUGACACCAGCUGUGGGAUAAAAAUAUAUACAUGAAUAAAAUAUUUUGAAAAUUCUGAAUUUUUUCAGCUGGGUAAUUCAUCUCGAAUCAUGGUUCGAUUAUCAUGGACACGUUUGUCUGCUUUUCAAUUUGAUGGGUUUGAGCAUUUUUGAUUUUUUGGUGAGUUCGAUCAAAAUUUAUCAAUAUCUUUAAGCGCGUGCGGUUGCAACGCGGUUUUUUUUUCAAAAUUCAAAAAAAAUCAAUAAAAUUUCUCCUGUUUCAGAAAAACAAUGAUUAUCGACCAUACCCAAUGGCUCACACACUUCAUAUCGCCUAUCAACUCUGUAAUGCGGUCAAAUUUUUGCACGAAAAUCAUCUCACUCAUACUGAUUUGAAACCGGAGAAUAUUUUGUUCAUUGACAGUUCGUAUACGUUGGAUCCUGAUAGACCGGUGAGUUUUCUCCGUUUUUUCCAAAAAAUUUCAAGAAAAACAUUUGCAGAAGUAUCGAAUUUUGAAAAACACACAUGUUCGAUUGAUUGAUUUCGGAUCGGCAACAUUUGACACUGAACAUCAUUCCACAAUUGUUUCGACAAGACACUAUCGUGCUCCAGAAGUGAUUAUGGAACUUGGCUGGUCACAACCAUGCGAUGUUUGGAGUAUCGGUUGUAUUUUGUACGAACUUUAUACUGGUUCAACUCUGUUUCAAACUCACGAUAAUAAUGAGCAUCUUGCGAUGAUGGAACGCGUUUUGGGCUCGAUUCCAGCUCGUAUGAUGAAGAGAGCAAAGUGCGAUUGCAUUAUCAAUGCGAAACUUGAUUGGGGGACAAAUUCGGCUGGACAUACUUGGGUGAAGAAGAAUUGUGUGCCAUUAAGAGUAUGUUCUCGAGCUUUUUAUGCAGCUAUUCCAAAAAAAUUCCAUUUUUCAGAGAUCAAUGACUUGCCUUGAACCAGAACACAAUGAGUUGUUUGAGCUCAUUGAAAAUAUGCUCACUUAUGAGCAAAGUUCAAGAUUGAAGUUGAAAGAAGCGCUAGAGCACCGAUUCUUCAGAAGACUUCCAGAGAAUUUGAGGUAACUUUUUUUUUUCAAAAUGAAAAAUUAAAAAAAAUCAAAAUUCUUACAGAUUGCCAUAUAAUCUUUCAACAAAUGGUAACCAACAAUAA